AUGUGCAGAGGAGAUAACAACCUGGGUCACGUGUAUGCGCUGAUUGUCCUUGUGGUGAAACCUGUUUGUAAGUGGUCGAGAAAAUAGCCAUACUCACGCGAUGCCAUUACUUUGCUUUUUUUGUUUUAGAUAAGAUAACAACAAAAACAGCGACAAAAAAAAAUUCGGCGUAGAAACGGACGAAGCAAAAUGACAUACUAUAGUUUGCAUUGUCAAGCAGAUCUUCUAUGAAAAACCUGAGUAUAUUGUAUCUAGUCCUGUACGAAUAAACACUGGCCGUUAUCAACUAUAUAUCCCUUGACACUGGAAAUACGUUAAUUCAAACAAAUUCGUACUAACUUUUUUAGUGAGUUUUUUGGCCCCUGUAUAGACACUUUGUUCCUGUCAAACUUUACUCACAUAAACAUUACCGUGUACGAGGAUCGAAAUAAACUCCGAUCUGAUUUAUUACGAGACGCAUUAUUUGAUUUUAUCCAUUGAUGGUAAGACGUACUUUUAUGGAUAUAAAGUCCGUUUUUUCGUUUUCUGUUAUUAGUGCCUCCGGUUAUCACUAUCGCACCACCCCCCUUCGUGGCCGUAAAAAAUGCGUAUGAUACAGUAACAUUGCAAUGUGCGGCCCGGGGAUCCCCCAUCCCCACCCUAGAGUGGCGCAAAGAUGAAGCUAUCAUUUCUGCCAACACAACAUCAGAGACUGAAGAAGAAGUAACAGGAGAGCUUGUUAUUCCAAAAUUUGGUCCAAGUGAUCAGGGCGUCUACACUUGUUUCUUUAAGAACUACAACAACGGAACUGCGGAGACCUCAACCAUUGCAGGUACCAUUAUGAUUAGUAAGAGGUAAAUUAUCCGCGAAGGGAUAAAAAAAGCGUUAGUAACAACUUGACACACAGUAUUUAAGUGAUUAGAAAAAUGUGAAAAUAGUUAAUAGUGGUAUAGAUAAGCGCAUUCGAGCUGGUAUAAGGGUCCAACAAGUCUUGGAUCGCAUAGAUCUUGCUAAAUAAAGUAAAUAAAGCUAUGCGUAUUGAUAGCCUUACAGGAUUAAAAAAAAAGGUCUCUAUCUCUUUAAUUUUAGAGCUUGUUGGCUGCGGAGAUCCUGGUAUGCCUGUGCAUGGUUAUAAGACUGGAGCAAAUUACUGGGCAGGACAGAUGGUUACAUUUACUUGUGACACAGGAUACCACUUGGAAGGACCUACAAACCGACUCUGUCAGGAAAACGGCAAUUGGAGCGAUGUGGCCCCAACAUGUGAUAAAAUGAAGUCUUUCAUUCCAUACUCAUAUUUGAGCUUUCAGUAAUAAGGAAUACCAUGGGAAACGCGAAUAAUAAUGAUAAACAAUUGUAUCUUCUUAUUGUUUUGUUUUGUUUUGUUUUUUUUAUGUAUAAAACAAGAAACUGAACUAAGGAGAAAAUAAGAAAGCCAGAAAAAAGCCUCGCUCAAGAGAAACGAGCUUAUUGCCACCACAAACUGGAAUGAACCGUUUUUUGAACGGCUCAGUAAUAUUUUUUAUUUUAACAUUCGAAGUCGAGAGAACCUCCCUCCUUUAUAUCAUUACUGUAUGGCUCCUACUAAAGAACAGCGUUACAAGGUAGUUAAAAUAUGGUUUCUCUUCAGUUUCUCCCAAACGGAGUGUUGAGUGCGUCUAAAGAAACUUGUCUCGCUUGCUUUUUUGAAAAUAUUUGGUCAUGAUACAUGCAAUGUUUUGUUUUAGGUCACCGAUUGUGUGACGAACCUCCUCCACUCGAAAAUGGAUACAUUCUAGGAAAUGACUUCAGGGAAGGAAAAAAUAUCACGUACAAAUGUAACAAAGGUUAUUGGCUGAGGGGACCGCCGGUCAGGAUUUGUGAUGGGGAGACUGGAAACUGGACCGUGGAAGCACCAAUUUGCGAAGGUAUAACCCAAUCCUCAAGGACAAUCCUCAAAAAAGUUGUAUUUACAGUUUAGUAUGUUAUUAAGAGUUGGUCACAAUACAACAAUAACAACAACAACAACAACCUUUUGUUAGCAUGACUAUAGAUGAUUACAGUGCAAAAGGAUAGGGCCAAAAAACAAUACAUUCCUAGUAAAAAUUAAGUGUCAUCAUUCUGAAGUGAUAGUAAGCUAUCACGUAAAUUAAUUUAUCAUGAGACAAAGUUCAUCACCCGUAAAUUAACAAAGCUAUCUUUGGAAUUCAUUAGUGUAAUCACUAGGUCCGGGUAGGGUAUUUGCAUAAAGUUUGUAAAAUAACUUAUUACUUUGUAUUUGAUGAAAAAAAUAAUAACAUUCUUUCAAGUGUUCGAGUGAGACAUUAAAAUUACUGGUUGAGGAGAUACCGGUUGAUCUCAAUACAAACUCACUGAGAUAAUACCACUGUCUUACGGAUUUUUUUCUAAAUUUAAGAAAAGGUAAAGAUAACGGUCAGAGAAAGACUUUUUUACUUAUACAUGAUACCUUGUCAAGAAGUCUUGAAAAAAGGUAUAGUUUUUAUCGUGUAAGUGAUGCGUGGAUGAAAUGCAUGCUUAAAGUUUUGUACCAGCGUCUCCUUUACACAGUUGCAUGCGCAUUUAAUUUCAAGUUUAUAUAUUGAUAUUAACAAUUGUCAGCACAACAUUCCUUACCCAUAUUUUUAAAAUCUAAAUCAAUGUCGAAGACAUUUUACUAAUUUAGAGUAAUGUGCUGACCCCGUGUAUUGGUUAUUUCCGUCUCUGGAAUGGGUAUAAGUUACUAGCUUACCCAGGCGAGAUUAUGCUAAGAAAUCUUUACAGCAAGGAGUACAAAAGUUUGACCUCCUUUAAUUAAUUCACAUUCUUUCACGUGGACAUUAACCAAUCAGAAGUCGAGGACAGUUUCCAGCUGGCUUCUGAUUGGAUUAAAUCUGUACGAAAGAAUGUGAAUAAAUUAAAAGCAGUCACAGCUGCAACUUGCAGAAGUGAAAUGAAUAAAGUUGAAGUUGAGUUGAACUGAGUUUGAUGUUUUUCACCUUGAUUCUACAGGGCCAGAGUUUGAUCCAUCGACGAUCCUCGGUAACAAAACCAAAUACUGGGAGGUGCUGAAAGGUUGGUUGCAGCCUGUAUCUACACUGCCAUCUAAGUGGAAGCUCUGCUACCGAGCUACGGACCAUGGAUGGAGUUCCAGCACAUUUCACUCGCAGUGCAAUGGCCUGGGUCCCACAGUGACCUUUGUGAGGGUGGGAGAGUAUAUGUUCGGGGGAUACACUGACCGAAACUGGCGUAAGUAGUGGUUAUAAGCUACUGUAUCAUGGGUUGUAUAGGUAUAUUGAAGGAAAGAAGAACAUCAGCUUUCAAAAACUGGUUCCUUGAAAAAGCGAAGGAGAAACAAUCUGAAAGUUUUUUUUAAUAAGUUGAAGAAAGAUAACAAGUAAAUAGGAAAGAAUCUUCAAAACCAACAAAUGUUUUUAUCUUGUUGCACAAUGGGUUUUCGAGUAGACCAUAAAUUAUAGAUUAUCAUGUAUGAUCAUCUAUUUAUAAUAAGGCCCUUGGAUCGGGAUGGGUUUAAUGGGCUGUUUUUCUUUUAUAAGCUGUCCGCUGACUGUUCUGGUUAACUCAUCGUUUUCUUAAAGUACAAUAUUUCUGUAUAUAGUCUAGACUUUGGCAGCCCAGUGCAGUCGUUAUUCGGCGAGUCAAGUUAAUCUUUUAAUUUAUAUCUGACGCAACUGAUAAUUUUGUUGCAGAUUCUAGCGGCUCCUACACACAUUCCGUCCAUGGUUUCCUAUUUUCCUUUAAAAAUAAAGAUGGACUGGAGCCUUUCAAGCUUCACAUCAAAAACUAUGAGCAUGGUAUCUAUGGAAACAGUGGCUACGGUCCAACAUUUGGUAGCGGCCAUGAUAUUUACAUCGCUGAUGGUGCAGGUUCCAACACCAACUCGUACUCUAAUUUGGGUUACAACUACGUGCAAGUAUCAGGCUACAAAUAUGGAGCGAGUGACACUCAAAGCCUGCUCGCUGGAAGCUACAAUUUCCAACCCCACGAGGUGGAAGUGUUUUAUCAGACUUAUAAAAACUAA